AUGUUUUCUAAAAAGCCCAAAUCUUCAGCUCCCACCAGGCCGGCCGCUGCCAGCACAGCGACAACUGGUAAUUUAGCAUCUUCGCAACAAAAGACUGGCGUCGACUGGGCCUUCGAUGAACCAAGUACUCUGCCGGAACCAGUCGUACAAUGCCUAGAAGCCAUACGGGCUGAAUGGGUCGAUCUUACUUAUGAUGAUUAUAAUCCAGUACCUGUGGCAUUAUCGUUACUGGAAACGAGUACGCUGAGUCGAGACUAUCCGGCCUUUUGCACAAUGUAUAGUGAGUUGGAAAAGGCUAUGGAUAUCAUUAUUGACGAAUAUCAUCAGGCUUUCAACACAUCCAUACAUACCUUCAGCAGUGUAGUUGACGCAAUAUCUGAUUCUCAAAUGAGGACUAGAGCAUUACGAGAUAAUCUAGAUCGGUGUAAAGGUCUCCUGGAAUGCAAGAAUGAGGACAUUAGAAGAACACCAGAAAAAUUAGAGUCCCUAAUGCAAGGAAAAUUCUUCCUCUCUGCAGUCAAAACACUCCUUAACGCCACCAAAACAUUGAAAACCCGCGAAUUCAUGGAUAUUGGAGCUGUAGCCAACAUUCGACAAGAUUUGGAGCAGAUGAAGGGGGUUUUGAAUGAGACAUUGAUUGAAGAGUUACACAAUCACUUGUAUUUGAAGAGCCCAUUCAGUCAGGAACGAGUGGAACGGUUUGGUGGAGUUGGUGAUGAGACGGAAGCUCGGGUGGUGACGAUUGAAAGUCCGAAUAGGAGGCAGUCUGUUUAUAACAAGGGUGGCAAGUCAUCUAAGACCAAGUCGAAUGAUGUCACUGAAGAUUACGACACCAACCCUGAAGCUGAUUCUUUGCAAUAUAUGAGCUGGGUCGUUGAAGGACUGGCUCUUCUCGGCGCUCUGCCGAAUGCCACUGAAGUGAUCAAGCAAAGGUUGAACCUGGAAAUCUUUUAUGUGAUUGAGAGAACGAUACAGGAGAUUUCUGACAGAGAGAGUCGAGGUGAUGUUCCUAGACCGCCUGCCUUGAAAGCUUUUGCAUCCAUUGUAUGGAAAUCAAAAGAGAAUCAAGGUUACAUUCUGACAGAGUUGUUGACGACUCUGUAUGUUCGACUCAAGACUGUCUUGCAUGGUCAUUUUUACAUCCUAUCCUUGAUUCCUGUUCUUGCUCAGCGCAAUAUCAAUACAGGAACUCCUGCUUACAAUAUUCGAGAUGUUUGGAAUGUGAUUCAGAGUGAAGUCAAGGCACUCUUGUAUGAUUACCUGUCAGCGUCGCAGCGGCAGAUUGGUAUCAACAAUCCGAUUGCAUCUUUGAAUGAAAUGUUUGAGCGGAAGUCACCUCAGCCUCGAUCAAAGGUGUUCAGAAUAACGGCUGGCAAUGUUUCCAACGAUCCAGUAGCCAGAUUAUAUCAUGCGAUUGCACCAGUCUCUCGUGCUGCAACUGUCAGUGCGAACGCGUCCAGCCUUCUUGGAUCAGAUGAUACUAGUGGAUCUGUUCAUGUUGUUGACAAGUAUGCUACAGCCACUUCAACAGGGCAUCGAUUGUUGAUUGCACCUGAUCCUGCUAAUAUCUUGAUGAUCUUUGACAUGACUAUGAAGUUUAUUGAAAAGUCAGAGUCUACAGGUGGUAUUGCACCAACUGGAACAUUCAAAAAGUUCUUGGAUGACUUUGUGUUGAGCGUCUUUUUACCGCAAUUGGAAACAAGAGUGAUGGAACUCUUUCAUGAAUUUGUCAAUGGUGAUGAGGCUUUUCAAAUGGAUCAUAUUAUUGAAUUUCCGUUGUUUAAGAGUGCUGUUGGGCUCACGGUUUUGAUUCAAGGCAUGUGUCGUAUCUUGCCUGUGAUGCCAGUACACAAGACGGAAUUCAUUCAAUUGAUUGAGACGUUAUUGGUUAAAUUUCAUGAGAAAUUGAGUGCGAGAUAUUGGGCACUCAUGUCCGCAGACAGUUCAGACACUGCAGGAGAAGCAGAUCGUAAUAUUAUCAGUUGUGUCUGGGCACAUGACCCAGAUCUGCUCAAAUUGGUUGUCCAGAAUACAUUCUUUGAUACGCAAAGAGAUGUUGAUUUGGAAGUUAAUCGUCAUCUUAGUGAGAGAGAAACAUAUGUUGAAAUGAGACUCAAGAAUGAGAGGUCGUUCCAUCGUGGAGAGAUGGUGUUUGAUUAUAAGAAGCUGCAAGGGUUAGCGACGUUGCAUUACACAUCGCAAUGGUUUGUAUCGCAAUUAGCCAUGUUGACGACAUCAGAGGCUCCUCCAGUUGAGGCCGUUUCGACAUCGCCUGUGAGAGCUCUCGCGGAUAUGUCUGUUUCGGAAAUGUAUGUGAAAUGGUCUUCGGACAGCUUACCUGGACUGGCCAUUGAACCUGAUGAUGUGGUUGAAUUGGAGCUGGAUUCUGAAAUGAUCAAGAAAUUUGAUGUUUUACUGUCAAAUUGCAAGUCGUUGUCAGAUCGAGCGCUGAUUACGCUACGACUUGAAGCACGUUGUCAUGUUAUGUAUUAUCUAGAUCUUGCCAUCAGAGAGGGUAAUUAUUGGUUGGACGAUGAACCAGUGGAGCCAGAUCCGUAUAUCAAUGCUCUAAAUCAAGACUUGACCAUGUGCGAGGAAGCCAUGAGUACGGUCUUGCCUAUACCCCGUAUCAGGUUCUUGUUUGAUGGUCUGGCGAGUCUCAUGACCAGAAUAUUAUGCUCGAAUCUUCGUCACAUCAAACGACUUAAUCGCAAUGGGAUUGCCAAAAUGAUUAGAAAUGUUCAGUCCUUGCAACAGAAUCUGACCAACAUAGCAUCGAUACAUGAAAAGGCACUAGAUCAUGCUCGACAAUAUUAUGAUUUACUGAAUCUUGGUGGCGAGGGAAUGGUCAAAUUUAUGGAAUGCAAUGGAUCCAAGUAUGAUUUUGACGAGUACAAGGCUCUGCUAGAUCAGAUCUAUCAUGACGUGUUUACCAAGGACGCGUCGUCAAACAAGAAGGUGUAUCAGGACUUGUUGGCGAGGAUCAAAGCGCAUUUUGUUAAAGGUGCCAAAGCUCUGCAGGGAGACGAUUAA